AUGGGUCUGUUGGGUCUAGGUGGGUACCAUGGUCUGUUGGGUCUAGGUGGUACCAUGGAUCUGUUGGGUCUAGGUGGGUACCCAUGAUCUGUUUGGGUCUAGGGGGUCCCAUGGUCUGUUGGGUCUAGGGGGGUACCCAUGGUCUGUUGGGUCUAGGGUGUACCAUGGUCUGUUGGGUCUAGGUGGUACCAUGAUCUGUGGGUCUAGGUGGUACAUGGUCUAUGGGUCUGGGUGGUACAUGGUCGGUUUGGGUCUGGGUGGUACCACGGUCGGUUGGGUCUAGUGGUACCACGGUCUGUUGGGUCUAGGUGGUACCACGGUCUGUUGGGUCUGAGUGGUACCAUGGUCUGUUGGGUCUAGCUGGUACCAUGGUCUGUUGGGUCUAGGUGGUACCAUUGUCUGUUUGGUCUAGGUGGUACCAUGGUCUGUUGGGUCUGGGUGGUACCAUGGUCUGUUGGGUCUAGGUGGGGUACCAUGGUCUGUUGGGUCUGGGUGGUACCAUGGUCUGUUGGGUCUAGGUGGUACCAUGGUCUGUUGGGUCUGGGUGGUACCAUGGUCUGUUGGGUCUAGGUGGUACCAUGGUCUGUUGGGUCUAGGUGGUACCAUGGUCUGUUGGGUCUAGGUGGUACCAUGGUCUGUUGGGUCUGGGUGGUACCAUGGUCUGUUGGGUCACGGGUGGUACCAUGGUCUGUUGGGUCUGGGUGGUACCAUGGUCUGUUGGGUCUAGGUGGUACCAUGGUCGGUUGGGUCUGGGUGGUACCAUGGUCUGUUGGGUCUGGGUGGUACUAUGGUCUGGUGGUUCUAGGUGGUCUCUCUCUCUCACUCCUUCCAUGCCUUGCUCUCUCCCCAUGUCUCUCUCCCUCUGUCGCCAAAGCCUAUUACAGUGUCUUUGAUGGUGGGGCAUGGUGUUUAUCAUGGAGGCCUGGUGAAGAGGCUUGUCCGGUACAGUGUGCGAUGUCACGACCGCCACCAGCCCUACUGAGCCAGACUGUAUCUACUGUCUGUCUCAACCGCAGCUCUCUUCCUGUCUGCCUGCCUCCCUCCUUCUCUCAAUCCGUCCCCUGUAGCUCAGUUGGUAGAGCAUGGCGCUUGCAACGCCAGGGUUGUUGGUUCGUUUCCAACGGGGGGCCAGUAUGAAAAUGUAUGCACUCACUUAACUGUAAGUCGCUCUGGAUAAGAGCGCCUGCUAAAUGACAAAAAUGUCAUCCCUUCUCUUCCCCAGAACUCUAUACAGGUUUAUGGAUGACUUCACUGACUCCUUCAUCCCAAUGAACUCUGCUCAGUUGUAUGAUACAGGCCUAGAUAAUCCUGCCUGCUUUUUCAGAUUUAGAUCAUCCAAAGCUUUCAAGUUAUGAUGUUGAUGUCAUGGAAUGUAUGGCCUGAAUGUCCUCCAAACAUCCUCCAAAAGAAUCACAGUUGUGUACUGGUUCCAAUCAACAAGAACUUAGAAUAAAUAAUCUGCUGCUCCAAAUUUAGUAUUAUUUAUCUAUAAACUGGUUUAGAUGCUCCAACAUGUAGGCCUAAUGAGCUGGUCUGUUUCUCUCCCUUCUGCCCCUGUGUUCCAGACAAGGAGACCCUGAUCACUGACAGUGGGAAGCUCCACACACUGGACCUGCUGCUGUGUCGCCUCAAGGCUCAGGGACACCGAGUCCUCAUCUACUCACAGAUGACUCGCAUGAUAGACCUACUCGAGGUGAGUAGAGUACAGUAG